UCCUCUCCCGCCACAUAGCUUGUCCUAGGGAUCUCGCGCUAAAAGCAGGACCUGCAAAGGGAAUCUCCGAAGAUGACUCAUCCAGAAGAAAUAGCCCUUGCUUCGUCGCAUUUAACAGGGAACAACAUGUGACACCGAGCAGCAGAGAGUCCACCUUGCGAGCGCCGCGGCCGCCAAGGGCUCGGAUCAAUGGGGCUACUCCAGUCAUCCUAGUAGCCAUUUAACUGCCUAGACGCGCGUGGCGAUCUCCUCAGCUCCCUCCCUCGCUCGCUGGGCUAGUCUUGUUUCUAUAUUCAUUCAGCAGCAAUGCCUGAUGGGCGUUGUGGUUUUGAGUGAAGACUUACACGGCUAAAUCCCAGGGGGUACGUUGAUUGUGAGCAUGUGCAGAAGAGCCCAGGAUACAGUCUUCUGUGUGUAGAGGAGCUAGCACACAUAGACACACACACACGCACACACAAACACCCUACAGCAUAAUCUUGCCUUUUCCCGUGCCAUGUCUCUCUAUGUGCUGCCACUGCUGAAAAGGAUUCAGGGAGAAGCCCACCAGCCUUGCUGAUCUGUCUCUGAUGUUUUCUUGCUUCUGCUUCAGCAUCCAGGAUAAUUCCUUCAACAGCCCUGCUUUGCCAGAGUGUGGAGAGGAUACAGAGUCUGUACAUGAAGAUCAAACAGCCAAUUCCAUCCACAGAGAUGAAAACAAAGAAAACUACCCAGACAAAGCUAUAGUCUUAGAGGAAAACCAGGCAGUGUUCCAAGAUACCCAGACACCCUGUGAUGGCACAUUAAGGGUUGGAAUGGGGAACUUAAAAUCCCGAAAGCCCACAUCUAUUUCAAAAACAGAAAAUGGGAAAAAUCAUGAAGAAAGUCAGGAGAUGGGAAAUGCAUUGCCAUGGCUGUCAGACUGUCAGAGAAAAACGGGGACCCCAGUCAAUGACUACGCUGAGAACGUGGCUUUCCGAUACCAGGAAACAGUCAUCAAGUUUCAACCCAGGACAGAUCAGAGUGCAUUCAUUUCACCCAAAGAGGCUAAUGAACAUCUGCAGAGCUUCACUGAGAAUUCUUUGUUGAAGCUGCAAGCCCUUGAAACUGACCUCUGCUCUGCGUUUUUGCCAACCCAGGAAGAAACUCCUCAGCUGCCAGCUUCAAAAGAUCCAGUCACUUCGUCAAUCCAAAACAGUGUGCAAGUUGAUGGGGACAGCUGUGGAGAGUCUGUACAAGCCUACAAAGAGGGUCAGACUGAUGCAGACAAUGGACAUGAAGACCAUCAUUCCUUAGGGACCAGCAGACUGUUGUAUCACAUUACUGAUGGAGAUAAUCCUCUGCUGUCUCCUCGCUGCUCUAUUUUUAGCCAAAGCCAGAGAUUUAAUUUAGACCCUGAAUCAGCUCCUUCCCCGCCAAGUGCUCAACUGUUCAUGAUGCCAAGAAGUUCUUCCAGGGGUAGCUGUGAUGACUGCAAAGAGCCACAGACAAUAGCACAAGUUACAAAGCACCUGCAAAGUCUUAAGAGGAAAAUCAGGAAAUAUGAGGAAAGGUUUGAGCAAGAAAAGAAUUAUCGGCCUUCCCAUGCUGACAAAAUAUCCAAUCCUGAUGUAAUGAAAUGGAUGAAUGAUUUAGCCAAAUGUCGAAAGCAGCUUAAAGAGCUGAAACUCAAAAUGUCAGAAGAACAAAGCUGUCCCCUCAAAGCACCUCAAAGGAACCUUCAUCAAGAGAGCGUCAAAGAAGCUGGGAAGCAGGAUGCAGCAAGCACUCCCCCGAGUCCCUCUGUAGAGGAAACCAUGGAUGCUGUGCUGAAACGACUGAAGGAGAAGCGCCAGCAGCUCAAUGUUCCCGAGAACAUUAAGGCUAUGACAAAAAGGCAAAUGGCUUUGGAAAAACUCAGUCUCCAGAAAAGCCUACUCUAUUUUGAAAGUGUUCAUGGACGACCUGUAAGCAAGCAAGAUCGGAGUCUGAUGAAGCCCCUUUAUGAACGAUACAGAAUUAUCAAGCAACUUCUGUCAACGCCGUCUUUGAUUACGACCAUUCAGGAGGAAGAAGAUUCUGAUGAAGAUCAUUCCCAGAGCAGCUAUGAAUUAUCCUCUGCUAUGUCCCUCAACUUGCCCACUGACGAGUUUCUCUGCCAUUCAGAUGAGGAGAAUGAGCCUGCCUUUGUUUCACCCCUGGAUGAAAGGAAAGCAAUCAAACAGCCCACUCUGUCCAUGUCCAACUUGCACGAGGCCACAAUGCCUGUGCUAUUGGAACAUCUUCGAGAAACAAGAGCUGACAAGAAAAGGCUCAGGAAAGUGUUGAGAGAAUUUGAGGAGCAAUUCUUUAAACAAACAGGAAGGAAUCCCCAAAAGGAAGAUCGCAUCCCUAUGUCAGAGGAAUAUUCAGAGUACAAGCACAUAAAAGCCAAGCUCAGGCUGUUGGAGGUUCUCAUCAGCAAGCAUGACAUCUCCAAAACCAUCUGAAAUCCAGACAUUUGCAAUAUUAAAGCUCCCUUGUUGGGGGUGAGAACACAGAGAGAAAGAAUUACACAGGUCUGGUUCUUUCUGCACAAUUGUUUCACACCUUGAACUUCGGAUGCACUUUAUUAACAUUUUUAUUCUACUGCAGGUGAAGAGAGAGAGAAAUUGGAGCAGGUGUGAGAAUGCAGGAGGAAGGAGUGAAUGGAUGAAGGCCUGGGUUCUUACCUGUAAGAUGUCUCCUGUUACCAGAGUUAACUCUCACUCUUUGACAGGCUUUCCUCCGCUUUGCCGAAAGGCAGCAGCCUCCCACAAAUUCUGGCAGCUGGGUUAGGGAUUACUUAUCUCACUCAGUGCUCUGUUGGAACAACGCUUUCCAGAAAGGUGACAUUACUUCAGCAACAAAACUCAAAAGAUAGAAAGAACAAUGCAGCCUUCUGAACAGGGCAGCUGAAAUGUCUCCUGCACUUUUCUAGUCCACAUGAACCAAAGGAGAAAUUGUAGAUGGUAUUGUUGAGUAAUAGAAGUCUCCAAAAGAAGGCACUUACUCCUGAAGGGUAAAUGACCUUGAAGGGUGCCGACUGCUCCUCUUCUAGGCAAUUGUGGAUGACAUUUCGCUUGAGUUGACUCAAGUGCUACUAUGAAAUAUCUUCCACUAUUCAGUUAUUUAUUUACCUUUAUUUUUUUGGUAUGGUUUUGUUGGUGUGAGAUUUUACUACUGUACUCUGGAAUGCUUUUGUAUCUCUAAGAGCACAGUGGAUUCAAAGGGAAGAUUGGAAUAGCGUAGCUGCUAGAGACACACAGGGAUCAGACCCAGCUCUUUUCUGUCUAGUAGGGUAGAUGCUGUUCUUUCAUAGGUUAUGUGCAGACUACUGUUUCAGUCCUGGUUGGAGGCAGAGGAGGGAAACCCACUCUCCCACUGGAAAAACAUGACCACCACCCCAUUCCCCAAAACUUGAGUAGCUAUCAUGAGUGGUUCUGUAUGCUCUGGAGGAUUCCACACUCCAAAGCAGUCUUCUCUGCUGUGAAAAGAAUGCCCCACAGAGAUGCGUUGACUUACAUCCCAACUAACUUUCUCCCAAGAAAAUUUGGACAUCAGCCCCCCCACCCCUCAGAAUGCACCAGCACCUACGGUAUGCAGGAGGUGGCAUUAUUGAGGCAUUGUAGGCCUUCAUCCAUCUUGCAGUGGAGUCCUCUGUUCAUCCUCCCUCACUAAUGAAUAGGAAUUAAGCUGCCUCAAGUUCCUUGUCUGAUCGAGACUUCUCACCUGCCACACCCUUCUCCUUGGGUGUCAGAGCCUGGGUGGAAGAAGGGCAGGACUAGUUCCUCUGAAAUAGUUAAGAUGUCCAGGAGGUACUUGAGCUAUUAGUAGCUGAUUCUCUUUGCAUCCCCACUUCAGUGGGAGUCAGAGGCAGACUUCUCCUCACAUUGCAGGGACCAUGUGUGAUAUUCAGAGUGUUCUGGCUGUGAUCCUGCUGUGCCAAAACUGGUCCUCCAGGAAGGGAGUUGAGGGCAACCAGUGCAAUCUGCAGCAGUAUUGGAAAGAACAGUUAGCUGUGCUUCUGUGUUCCUUACUCUACUGCUUUGAAGAAACAGGCUGGCUUCCACAUCUAAAUGUGCACUCAGGAAAAUCAUGUCUGCUGAAGGCAGGAGACUAACUAGUCUUUGAAUGGAUGGGGUGGUCCCCAGCCCAGCUUCCAGAAUCUGCAUAACACUGCCUUUUUCCAGCUGAGUGAGAGAAAACCAAACAUGGCAGGGUGGUACCCAGCUCACUAGGUAUUUUGCUUUGAAGUGCACUGUGAUGACAUGUGGAGUAACACAAGUGUGGACCUAUUGGUGGGGGGGGGGGGAGCUGGAGAGGGAGAGAAGGGCAGUGCAAAGAGGAGGAACAUUUUCCUCCUUUCACUCUCUCUCUCUACUUUCCCCUCCAUCAAGCUGCUUAGCUUUACAAGCUGCGUCCACUAUCCCUCUGCUAGAGCUUCAGGGGCCUAAAGGCAUGUGUGUGAACCAAGACUCAGGAAGCAGGCCCCUGUGGUCCUAUAAGCUGAAGAAGCAACCCACUUAGUUUACAAGGUCUUCUGGGAAGGGGUCAAAUUAGGCUUGGGGCUCCUGCCUCCACUUGUUCAACCUCCUCUCCCACUCAUAUUUCCUUCCACCUUCCCUCACCCAGCUUCACUUCCACUCACCUACCUACCUACCUACCUACCAUCUCCUCUACCUCCACAGCUGGGCUGUGGGAGGGAGACAUUGGAAGAGGUCACUUGACCUCUUGUCUGGACAGGGAACCCAGUGUCUCUGUGUGGGAAGGGUGUUCCUUCCACAAAAGGCUUCUGUGAGGAGAGAUCAUUCUCCCUCACCCUCAAACCCUACUGUUAAGCCCCCGGCAACCCAUUUCUUUUUCUUCAGCCUCAUUAGCUGAGGCCAAAUGCCUGUGUUCUUGGCCACUGGGGUCCCAGGGAAGCAUAAGGAUAGCUUAUUUAGUCCUCAGUUUAGGGAGGAUUGGAAGGGAGAUCUUUUUGUGGAAAGGGAGCUUGUUCAAGAAAAAAAUGCCCUACAUGCUUUGGGUGUGCCCCUCACCAGCUGCAGGGGCCUAUCCUGGGCAUCUAUGAGACCAUUUUGGAUCCCAUCAUAUCUGCCUACAGGUUGCCUCCUAAUAGAAGUGAUAACAUCAAUGAAGUGUUUGAUGACAGACAGAGGUGAUAAAACCAAUGGUUAUUUUGAAUGGCUAGACAAAUCACAGCAAGGGGGAGGGUGCAGGGAAAGAGAGAAGAGAGCAACUCAUUAAUCGAGUUGUCAUUUUAGGUACAAAUCCAAACAGAAUGAGGAUUGCCUCGGACAUGAGUCUUUUAACUUGGAUCUUUAGACCUGUGCCUUAAGAUCUUUUUCAUAGCCGCUGCAAACCACUGCUCUAGUUUUUAUUUAUAUCUUAUUAAUAUCCAUUUAUAACCAAUUAUUACAGGGUGAGGCAUAUAAUGGCAUAAAUUAAAGUAACAGAAUAAGAAUCAGAAUAACCCAUAAUGGUAUUUUAAAUUAAAUUGAACUAUGCUUAAUCGUGCGUCUUCCAGAACCAACUCUUGCUUCAGUAAUGUUUGAGUAGGCCUAGUGGUAUGAGUGUAUUUUAGAGAUCAAAUACACAAAAUUCAGCAAGUAAGUAGAGAGGUAAAAUAACCCUAUUGGUGACAGCGCUGCCCCGCCCCACAUCUGCUUGUGAUGGCUCCCUGCUUAAGGUGUCAUGAAUUGGCCAACUCUUUUUUUCAUCAUUAUGUGCGUUUAGUCUUGGCAUGCAAAAUAGCAGGUUCUGUACAUUGGACGAUGCAUUCACCAUAGGCAGAAGAAAAUAGCGACCAUAAGUGGGACCGUUCUAGACCCUGCCCAAGGCUGGCUUCAGAGUUCAGGGGGCCCUCGGCAAACCGUCCUCCAUGGGCUGUCCUACCUAGGUGGGCCCUGAGAGACUUGUCUGCUGCCCCCACACUGAAGGUUGAUCUUGGACUUCAGCAGUGGGCCCUUUUGAAGGCCCUGGGCUACUGCUGCUUCAUGUAAUUUUUGAAUGGAUACACACAGAGCAGAGUCAAAACUUCUUGUCUUGGUUAGAUAAGUGUUGACACAUACCACCUAUUUUGGGCAACUUUGUGCAUGCACUGCAACUGCAUUCAUAUUCCAGUCCUGUUCUUCUUAUUGAAACAGGAUGCAGUGUUCCAGGAAGCCGUGGUCUACAUCAUGGCUGCUGCAGACUUGUACAGCAAUCCUGACGCUGUUGGAAACAAGCAGUGGGAAUGACUGCGGUAGAACUGCUUGCACAACUGCUUGUUCACAAGUAGGCAGCAGCCCCAGGAAAUGAGUAUCCUUGGCCCCACACAGCUGUAAUUCAGAAGCUGUGGGAACCCACAGGACUUUGUGGAUAAUGUCAUGUGCUUGUAAACAAAACCUCAUGGGUCACCACAACCAAUAGACUUAAACAGCAAUGUGAGCAUGUGACUAAUGGCCCUGAGGAAAGAAGUGGAAAAUAACACACUGAGGACGAGCUGUAGCUGUGCAACAAAAGGGUGCCAAACCACCACUAUGAAGCUUUGGCCAGGCCUUUUACUUUUGUGUUGUGUUUCUGUUCAUCCGCAUUGCAUGUUACUUUUGAAGUGAAUUUCAGAACUGGACACAACUUGGUGCAAUGCUAGUUACAUGUUUGUCAGUUCUAGUCCUGACACAAACAUAUCUUGGCAGUGAAGCUGGCCUUACAUCAACAAGUGCUCUCUCUAGUCAGAGUGGCUCUUAAGACGCAGACAUGGCAUGACCCAUGCUGUCUGUAUCCAACAUGGCUGUGCUUCUAAUGGUUUAAAGAAAAACCUUUUGGCAAAAUGCAUUCUGCCCAGCAGAUGACAUUGGGUCCACCCCUCCGUUUCUAGGAGCCCUGAAUUGCUGUGUCCCCUGUGAUGAUGAGCAAACUGCACCUGACAGUUAUUCUCUCCCUAAUACACCAUGAGCACGAUUAUGGGAUGGAAUUCAUUAAAGCCUUGAUAUAACCUUAACUGAGGGUUUCCUCCCAAUCUUGUCUUCACUGAAGCAAGCACCAGCUAAGCAGAGCAGAUUCCUCUGCAGUCACAGGCAUGGCCUCCCAUGGCAUAAUCGUGCUUGCCAACUGUUAUGACAAACUGGCUAUCGAGGCAUAGAUGCAGACUUCGUUUCCGGAAAUGCUGGGAUUCUUUGGAAGCUUUACAAGGUUCCUUAGUAAAAGCAUAUUAAGAGACUGGUUUCCCUGAAAAAAAAUUUCUCCCCCCCCUGCCCCCACUACUGAUUUUCCCAGGAAUCAACCACCAUAGAAGAGUGCUGGAGUUAUGCUAGCAUACACUUUCAGAGUCAUGCUUGGCCAGCACACUGUGUCAUCUAGCUGUGCCCUUUAGAUUAUGCCCCAAGACAGUCUGUAAAUGCAGGAAUUCUGGACUGGAGGUACAGAGAUACUUCAGCAGAUGUUGACAUAGAAUGGAUCUCCUACAAAUAGAAAGCUUACAAACCACUGCUUCAGAGAAAUGUUGCCUUUAGGGCUGUGCGGAGGUGCAUGUGAUGGUCAGGGUGCCAACGCAACAAUCACAGCCCCGAUGGGAACUGCGGCGUUCCCCUUCCAAAUCCAAAAGGACUAGUAGGGAUGGUCCAUAACCAGCUACUCUCAUGCCAAGCCCACACUCUUGUUGCUAUUCCUGUUGCAGUUCUGCUUUGAUACUUCCAGAAAAAAGCACCAUCAACGCAGGAGUGCCAACCAGGAUAUCUCUUGCUUCAGCCCUUCAGUCGCAGAGCUAAGGAAAUAGCUUGAGAUAAUGCUGCAGCAAAAACAAAAGCAGUAAUCCCCCCCCCCCUUAAAGGCUCAUAUUUGCAAGAAAAAAGGAAAACGACAUAGAAAAAUUUGAGGAAUAGGUAAGGGUAGCUAAUAAACUGCAAGACAAUGUAAAGCUGCUACAUCCUCUUCAGUAGCUAUUGCUAAGACUUGGUUGAUAGGAACCCUGCCAGUUUUUCUUUCUGUAGCACUUUUCCUUAGCCCAAUGCUAUAAAAAUUUGCUUUUCUGACUACCAAAGCUUGUUUGAAAGCAUGCACUUUGUAGGACCUUAAUAUUUCCUGUGUGAUGAUUGCCAAGAUAGUUUAUUAAAAUAGUGCUAAUAGUUUAUUGCAUUAUGAUAUUUUGGAUAGAUUAAUGUAUGCAGAAUAUUUAAUCUAAGUAUCAUGGUUAUGAACUGAAGGAGUUCUCUUUUUUGGUUUAUUAAGAUUAUUAACAUGGAUUUUUUUCCAUCUUGAUGUUAAAGAGGAACACUUUAUAAGUGCAGAAAGAUUAUUCUUGCAAUAGAUCACUUUUGAGUGGAGCAUGAGUCACUGGGAGAUGGACAGUGGUGAACUUGUGUUGCUCACCAGCACACACAGGUUUAAUGGCAAAAUAUGUUCAAGGAAGUGCUCCAGAGGGAGAUAUGCACUGCCUUUAAUGUUUUUGUUUUGUCAAUUGUAUUAAUGACAUGAAAACCAUGGACAUAAUCCUUAGUCAGGAAUGGGCCACCUGAUAACUGUAUCCAAGGCUUGGUAGGGUGUUGUCUUACUGGGAAUGGCCGGACACAGGAGGAAAGAAGAAUUCAGCAGAAUUCUACAGCGAUCCCUUUCCACGUGCACAGAGCUACACGCAAACAGCAAAAGACUGAGCUCAACUCUCUGUUAUAGCAAAGAAACCAUUCAUUUUAUGAAGUCUGUUAUCCACCAACUCUGUAUACCUGCUGUAUGCAACGUUAAAGCAUGAUUUUAAGAAAACCUUUCAUAAGUUUUGAAGAGGAUUGUGUGUCACUGCCUAACCCAAAGUGGAUUUCUUUUGUUUCUAUGAUGUUUUGAUGUUUCAGUGUAAUUGGCUUGAUCAUUUAUAACUUUUAUGAAUCAGAAUGGUCUUCAUAAAUCUGUUUUAAUUAAAAGUCAUGUAAGAGCAACAGGAACAGAUACACAAGUAUUUGAAGUUUACAAACUACAUCUUUGAUAAGGGAAAAAUGGUUUCAUGACAUAUGUAUACAGUUGCUAUUAAAAUGUAAUCUAUAUAUUCUAUAUGAUUGUAUAAUAUUUUAUACAACAGUACAAAUAAAAUAUUUUUCUAUUA